AUGUUUCAUGAAAAUCUUCUUAAAAAACUAUAUCAACAAAAAACCUAUGAGGGUGUACUAAUACUCAACGAAGAUGGCGAACAUCAGUACUGCUACAAUUUCAUUGAAUAUUUUAAAUUUCAAGAAAUACCUAUUAUUGUGGUAACCGGAAAUAAAACAGAACCAUAUCGUAAUUAUUUCAAUAAUCAAAUUUUAGCUAUUGUUUGUAUGAGUUCAUAUUAUUACAAUAUUUUGGAACAAUUGGCAAAAAUUUUGGAUUACAUGCGUUAUAUAAGAAUAGUGGUCAUAAUGGAUCAAUGGACGAAAGAGCUAAAUGCAGAAGAACUUGAGGAUUUUUUUCAUUAUUGUCACAAAUUGAAAAUGUUAAAUGUGGUGAUCAUUUUCAGAGAUUUUUAUAAAACACGUAAAUAUGUGCAAUAUACCAUAUUUCCCGAAUUUAAAAUGGAAUUUGAUAUAUAUAAUCCAAAUAGCAGUGAUUUCUAUAUGUUACCCGAACGUUUGCAAAAUCUAAAAGGUUAUAAAUUGCGUACUAUAGCAGAUCACACGGAACCACGAGCUAUGGAAUAUUAUAAUGAAAGUAAUGAAACUGUACUCAAUGGUUAUAUUGGACGUUUUGUGCAAACUAUAAGUGAAACCUUAAAUUCCUCACUAUAUUUUCCUCUUAAAGUACCACCUGAUGUUAUGCUGGAAUAUCGGGAUGUGAUGAGUUAUGUUGUCAACUACUCAAUCGAUAUACCAGUCAGCUCUUUGUCCUUAUAUGAGUUUGAUGAUCAGCGUGAUUUUUCAUAUCCUUUUGAAAUAGGCAAAUGGUGUAUACUUUUGCCCAUGGAAAAACCUUUGGAUUAUAAAGAGCUAUUUCUUCUAAUUUUACAUUCUCAAAUAAUGCUUAUCACUAUGGUUUUAAUAGUAAUAUUUACCAUGUUCUUCUAUUUGGCUUUGGGUAAGAAGCGGUGUCAUUAUUGUCUCCACAGAUGGCCAGAAAUAAUAAUUAAUGAUACAGCCAUACGUGGCGUGUUGGGUCAAGGUUUUGUGUCUUCCGUCUAUAGCAAACUUUCAUUAAAAUUAAUUUACAUAAUGUUAAUGCUAUCUGGUUUAACUAUAUCCAUCAUUUUUGAUUGCUACAUGCUGUCGUUUUCCACUCAACUACCUUCCGAACCAUGUAUUAACAACUACCAAGAUCUGGAAAAAUCAUCUUUAAAAUUAGCUAUAGCUAGACCAGAAAUUACAUAUUUACAUAAUAUAACAAAUGGCUCUCUAUCGUUUUUAUAUUCAAAACUCCAGACUUUUUCCAGUUUUGCGGAAUACUCACGUUUUCGUGAUUCUUUAGAUCGUCGUUUUGCCUAUCCCACCACCACCUCAAAAUUAUACUACUACAAUGGUUUGGAAUCUCACUAUAGCAAGAAGUUUUUUCGUUUUUCCUCAAAUAUGUGUCCCAAUACAAUGAUGCAGUUUGAGUUUCCUCUGGGUCCAAAUUCUUACUUUAUACCACGCAUUAACGAAAUAAUACUGAACACCUUGCAAUCUGGUCUUAUAGAUUAUUGGAUGAGUAAAUCUUAUUUGGAUAUGGUAGCUGCAGGAAAAGCGAUUCGUGUAAACAUUACCUAUCCCGAUUAUGCUAGUCCAAUUUAUGUUUUAGAAAAGAUUGAGUAA